CUCUGCCUGGGUGUCUCCCUCUCCCAGUGUGUCUCUCUGUCUGUUUUCACACUCUCCUCCCCAUUCGAGCGAGGCCCACACCUGGCGCAUCACUGCCGAGCCAUUAGCUGCGGGUCUCCUUUCAUCUUCGCUGUGGCAGACGUUUCUAUUUAUCCACUUGCGCUCGCCGAGUGGCGUCACCAGCGGUACUGUAAUGACGAUUGCAGCAGGAGGAUGACAGCUUAGAAAGAAGAGGGCAAUGGGGCUUCCUCCCAGAGGCGGGGCGGCGCAGAGGAGCGCUCGCAUCACAAGGUGACCCUAGCUCCCCACCGCCGCCGCCGCCGUUGCUGUCGACACUGCGCUCCGGCCGCUCCGCGCGCGCCCAGUCGCCCGGCCUCUCUUUCUCCCUCUCGCAGCCACUAUCUACCCGGCCGCUGGGGAAUCAGGAAGCCUGGGGUUAGGAGCUCACUUGGGGCUUUCCCCCUCCCCCUCCGGAGAGCCCCGGGAUGGAGAGCCGAAAGGACAUGGUUAUGUUUCUGGACGGGGGUCAGCUUGGCACUCUGGUUGGCAAGAGAGUGUCCAAUUUGUCUGAAGCCGUGGGCAGCCCGCUGCCCGAGCCGCCCGAGAAGAUGGUGCCCCGUGUUUGCCUGAGCCCGCGGGCCGGCCCUCCGACCGCCCGGGAGCGCGGCGGGGGAGGUCCGGAGGAGGAGCUGGUCGAUGGACUCGCAGGCAGCGCGGCGGGGCCGGGCGCCGAGCCACGGGCAGCCGGGGCGGCCAUGCUCGGCCCGGGACCCCCGGCCCCCUCCACCGACAGCCUCUCCGGCCAGGGGCAACCCAGUAGCUCGGACACCGAGUCGGAUUUCUAUGAAGAAAUCGAGGUGAGCUGUACCCCGGACUGCGCCACCGGGAACGCCGAGUACCAGCACAGCAAAGGGCCUGGCUCCGAGGCACUGGCUGGCAGUCCGAACGGCGGCAGCGAGGCCCCCAAGAGCAACGGCGGCGGCGGCGGCUCACAAGGCACCCUGGCCUGCAGCGCCAGUGACCAGAUGCGCCGUUACCGCACGGCCUUCACCCGGGAGCAGAUUGCGCGGCUGGAGAAAGAAUUCUACCGGGAGAACUACGUAUCGAGGCCGCGGAGAUGCGAGCUGGCUGCUGCCCUGAACCUGCCGGAAACCACCAUCAAGGUGUGGUUCCAGAACCGGCGCAUGAAGGACAAACGGCAGCGGCUGGCCAUGACGUGGCCGCACCCGGCGGAUCCCGCCUUCUACACGUACAUGAUGAGCCACGCGGCGGCCGCGGGCGGCCUGCCCUACCCGUUCCCGUCGCACCUGCCCCUGCCCUACUACUCGCCCGUGGGCCUGGGCGCCGCGUCCGCUGCCUCGGCCGCAGCCUCGCCCUUCAGCGGCCCGCUGCGCCCGCUCGACACGUUCCGCGUUCUCUCUCAGCCCUACCCGCGGCCCAAACUGCUGUGCGCCUUCCGCCCCCCGCCGCUCUACCCCGGCCCGGCGCACGGACUGGGCGCCUCGGCCGGCGGCCCCUGCUCCUGCCUCGCCUGCCACAGCGGCCCGGCCAACGGGCUGGCGCCCCGGGCCAACGCCGCCUCGGACUUCACCUGUGCCUCCACCUCCCGCUCGGACUCCUUCCUCACCUUCGCCCCCUCCGUGCUCAGCAAGGCCUCCUCCGUCGCGCUGGACCAGAGGGAGGAGGUGCCCCUCACCAGAUAAGGGGCCGCCCGCGGGCUGCCGGCUCCAGGACGCCCGUGGGGGCCCCCCGGGGACUCAGCCAGCGCCUCUCCUCGCCCUUAAGACACCGAGAGGAGAGGAGAGGGCCACAAAGGACCAGCGGGA